AUGCGACGCCUUAUAUCACGUUUUGCGGCACUGGCCCCGCUACUUGCUUCGAGGUUUCAGCCCACCAGUGCAUCUAUUCCUCAAUAUGUAUAUGACUAUGCUCCCCUAGUGUGGCUUCAUAGCCAAGAUCCAUACCGGCCUGGCGAUCUCCAAGCGCAGUUAGACAAUACAAUCCCUAAAGUCAAUUGGACGGCGAUACAAAAUGCCCCCUCGCCAGUCACUUUAGACAACUUAGAUCAGCUCAAUAGUCUGGGCAAUACCAGUGUAUACUUGACCUCUCAUGAAGGGAUUGAUGCCAGCCCUGAGCCCGCCUGGUUUCGAGGGAUCACCCCGGACUCACAAGGGCGGACGGGCAAUGGCACGGGCAGUGCAAUUAUUGUCGUGGAUCAUGGUUCUGGGAAUGUGGAUGCCUUUUACUUCUAUUUCUUUGCAUACAACAAGGGUGACAAAGUCUUGGGAUUGGAGUUUGGAGAUCACAUUGGUGACUGGUAUGGAGCACAACAUGAUCCGCUUCGCAAACGGCACCCCCAGGCUAUGUGGUAUAGCCAGCACGCCAGCGGCCAAGCAUAUACCUACGAGGCUAUGGAGAAGAGGGGCAAGCGGCCAAUAUCAUAUUCCGGAAAUGGCACCCACGCCAACUACGCCACUGCAGGGACGCACGACCAUACUCUUCCGGGUAUUACUCUCCCGGUUGGCUUUCUGCUCGAUUACACCGAUCAAGGCAUUCUCUGGGACCCGAUACUCAAUGCCUACACCUACACCUAUGACCCGUCCACACAAGUCUUUGCAGCCGCCACCGUUGAGCCCGUCGCCUGGCUGAACUUUAAUGGCCGCUGGGGCGAUGACCAGCCGCCAAACGAGCCGUCUAUCUUCGGCGAAGCCAAAUAUGUCGCAGGCCCGAAUGGACCAAAAUUCAAGUCGUUGAAUAGAACGCACGUGUGCCCAUCCACACCGUGUAUCGUGCUGCCGUUCCGUCUCUUUGCGGUAAACUCGACUGCUCCGUAG